AUGGAUCAAAACUCUGCCUCGGACUUAGAGUCCCAUUACCCAACUCAAAACGCGGCAAAAGCAGGUGAUCAGAUUUGCGACAGCGACAGCUCUGAAGACUGGGGCGAUUUUGUCGACUCUGACGAUGAAGGUGAUGUGGAAUUCGUUUGCGAGGAUAUCAAUCUUUAUCCGCGCGGGGUCUGCUAUCCUCUCUCUAUCGGUGAGAUCAUCGUUGAUCGAUACCGCAUCAUCCAUAAAUUAGGCCAUGGUAGUUUUUCCACUGUCUGGAUGGCGUAUGAUACGAUUGAGGAGAAAGAUGUUGCCCUGAAGGUUCUGAUGCUAGGGAACUCAGAAGACCACGAGUAUCGUAUACAGAGCGAAAUAAUUGGCGCUGUUAAGGACUUGACAUACUUACUGCUCUAUCGCACGAGUUUCACUCUCCCAAGUCCCCAUGGCCAGCACCGGGUCAUGGUCUUUCCCAUGCAAGGACCAAAUCUCAGGAAUUACCCGCCGAAGAAUAAGCCCCCUGCCACUCGCUUGUCGUUUGCGGUACAGCUACUAAAAGCCUUGAAAGCACUUCAUGAGGCUGAAAUCGUGCACGCAGACCUUAACACUGCCAACAUCAUGUACAGCCUACGCGCUCUUGAGAAGGGCGCCAAAACCGGAAAGUACAAGAAGAUUGGACGACCAAGAAAGAUGAGUUUGUGGACUGAGCAGUGGAAGGAAGGCGAACUCGUCAUGCCGAUGAAACCCGAUGAGGAUCUCAUAGGGGACACCAUUGUCCUUGGCGACUUUGGCUUAGCUCACAAAGUUGGAACUCCCGCCCAGAAGAUGCAAUCUCCCGCUACGUACUGCGCCCCUGAGCGAGUACACAACACCAGCCCAUCUUACGGCUCUGACAUUUGGAGCUAUAUGUGCAUCUUCUUUCAGUUGUACACAGGAACGUAUUUGUUCCAAGGUUGGGGUCACGCAUCAGUGAUCGCAUCCAUUGUUCAUGCGCUUGGUCCCCUUCCAGUCGCUUGGAAAGGAACCUACCACAUUGGGGGCCCCGGCGAGGACAAGUGGUAUGAUCAAAAUUGGCAGAAGAAUCCUGAGUUCGAUUUGAAGGAAAGACUCGCUCAACUUCGUCCUGAGGUUACUGCAGAGGAGAGAGAACUUGUCGUAUCCUUCUUAUACCGUGGACUUUCGUAUCAGCACGAGAGCCGCUUGACGGCUGCUCAAUUACUCGAAGAUGACACGCUGAAAGGGUUAAGGCAAAUCCAUGGGGUUUAA